AUGUCAUCAAAGUGUCCAACUUGUACAAAGACAGUCUAUUUUGCCGAGAGACAAAUGAAGGACGGUGUCGCUUAUCACGGUGCUUGUUUACAAAAGGUUCUUAAAGAAACUAGAGUUCCAUUAGUUGGUAGAUACCCAGGAGAUGAAGAUAGAAUUGGUAUUGUAUUAUAA